GAUUGCAGCCGGGAGGUGAUGCCAAGGUGGGGAGCAAAGCCCGAUGCAGCGCCUCACCAGCCGGGACGAGGAGCCUAGGAGGGGCCCUCCCUGCGGCCACGGUCAGGAGCGCCCUCAGCAAGGGACGAAGACCGCAAAGACCCGGGGCUGGACCCGGGACCUCAGCCUCUAACCCGCCCCGGCUUUUCUGGCCACACCGGAGCCGCCUGGCCCGGCCGCCGGCGGGAUGCGGUCAGCUCAGGUCAACCCACCUGUAUGGACGCCGCAUGUCCAUGCUCCGGGCGGCGGAGCCCCCCUCCCCCGCGCUCCGCCGCCGCCCUUCGAGAACUGACGCCUCAGAAGCCCUUACCGGCUGCCCCGGAACCGGACGCGUGUCAUCCCUGUUUCCUAUCACACCCAACAUGGCGCCCAGCCGCCAGUCACAGGUGCUACCGCCCACCCGGGCUUCCGGGAUACCCAGCAUGGCGGACUGUCGCUGCAGCGCUCCCGCGUCGCCGGCGGCCGCCAGAGCUGGCAGUCCCUGCGGGGCGGCCAGGCCCGUGCGCAGGGCGCUGGAGCUCAGCCGGCGGCAGGACGCUAAGGGCGGCGAGGAGCGGAGUGGCGCCGCGGCCGCCAGCCGCUGCUGGGAGGAGCAGCAGCCCACGGCGGCGGCCACCCUGCUGGCGCGGUGCGUGGCCGCGGGCGUCGUGAGGCAGGAGACAUUGGAUUUUACCUGUAGAAAAGCCCCAUGCUUUGUGAAAUUCUCGGAGAUGGAAAAAAUAGUGAACAUACAAGCUGAAAUCAAUGAGAAGAAACUGAGAACUGAAAUUCUGCGGUUGGAGAAGGAAACAGCAGACAUUGCUCACCCUUUUUACUUAGGCAAAAAAUGCGAGAUUUUGCAAGAUAUGAACAGACACUUGGAAGCUGUACUGAAAGAGAAGAGGGCCCUUAGGAAGAUGCUGAUAAAACCCAGGUGUCAAGAGAGCCUGCCUAUUGAGGCUACAUUCCACAAGUACAUAGUAGAGUUGUUGACUGAGGCUGUGACCUUCAUUGAGAAGCUUGAAAGCCAUUUGCAGACUGUAAGAAUCCUCCCUCACAUACCGAACAUCAUGGAGAAUAUGGACGCUGCUUUGACAAAAACGGAGUUGCUUGUGAUAGAGCUGGAGGAGCUGGCAGAGCAAAUAUUGAAAUGGAGAGACCUGCAAAAAGAAGUGUAUUCUGACAGCAUCUGCAAUACUGCUGAACUGGACUUUGGCUUGUCUUUAACCUAACAAAUUACUUUCCUCAAAUAGGAUGGCUAUUGAAAAAUCUACCUUUUUAUGGUCUCAGGUGAAAACUACAACAUAGUUGUGCUUUAAUCUAGCAGGGACUUGGUAGGUAGUUAUAUUUCUGUUCUUGUGUAACAGUUCUCCAAUCAUUAAACAAAACAAAACGAGGACAAUGAGCAGUAGCUCACAGGAAGACAGGCUACUGAGGAGGCUGUCAAGGAGUGCCUUUUUGAAGUAGGUGGACAGGAGUUUCUCCUGAAGCCUGUAUCAUCAAUGCAAAUUUGUUUUGAUAUUUCUUAUGCACUUGUUUUAGUGUCUCUAUUCAUUUUUAUAAGCACCUUGAUAACACACUGUAUUUUGUAUGUCACUAUAAAACUUUCAUUAAAGCACUAGAUUUCAAGA